AGAGAACCAUGUACAUUUUAAUCUAUCCAGUCCCAUGUAACCUUCAAGUGUCAAGCGAGCAGAGAUAGAGGAAAUGAGAGUGUAACAAGUGGAAAAGCAGGUUAAAAGGGGCAGUGCUGGUUAAACGGGCUACACAGUUUCAACCAUUGGGCUCUGCUUCAGAGGCACAGCUUGGUGCUGGACAGGUGAGUGGACAGACACAGCUAGUCGUGACCAGAGAACACGAGGAGAAAGCAAUCAGCUAGGAAGUAGGAACGCCCCAUCCAAUAAUGUCGGUUCCGGUAGCCCUGUGUGUUCUCCUGGCUGGAACCCUGUCCCUCGUUGAGGGGGACGUGCUGGCCAACUUCGAGGACAUCCCGGAGUGUGUUGAGUAUUUCUACCAGGGGAAGGUACCGGGCUGGGGUGCUGCUACCCCCGGCGCUGCCCGCCUGUGCCAGCGCUUCUACAACAGGUACCACUUUGCCACGCUGUACGACACCAACCACCGCAUUGCUGUGUAUUCAGCCUACCGCUUCCAGCCCAGCAACGGAGGAGGCAGGGAGAAGCGCUGGUUUGUGGAGCCACAGCUCGUGAACCUUACGUGGGGUGCAGAGAUGAAGGAUGGGUACUGGCUGGGGAAAGAUCACCCUGGGGUUUACCUGGGCGAGAGACAGGCACUCAAUGAGGACUACACCCACUCUGGCUUCGACCGCGGCCAUCUCAACCCCAAUGGACACCAUGCAGUCCCCAGUCGUAACGCCACCUUCACCCUGACCAACGUGGUGCCCCAGAACCCCAAGCUCAACCAGAACGCCUGGGCCCGCCACGAGUCCCAGCUCACAGACCUGUUCAAGGCCCAGUGCGCCCAGGCCUACGUGCUGGUGGGCGCAAUCCCCUCCACAGACAACUGGAUUGUCAAGGACAACGUCCGACGCGUCAACAUCCCCGAGUACAUCUGGAACGCCUACUGCUGUGUGGACAACAACGGUGAGCCUGUCCGUAGCGGUGGCGCCACCGCCCUCAACACCGAGCAGAACCGAGUGGACCAGCGCUCGCUGCUGGAGCUGAAUGGUUUCCUGCAGCAGUACUCCAACGCGCCAGUAGGGGAGUUGUUUCACAACAACUGCCAGGCAGUGCCCGAGGAGUAGUUUCUCCCACUCAUGGGUUUCUAAUCCUUAUUUGACAGUGGCAAUGUGAGCUAAAACUUCAGUUCACACAUAAGUUUCAGUCUUUCAGCCAAGUCAAGUGCUUCCUACUGUGAAAAUGACAUCAUGAACUACAGUGGAUAAAUAAAGAACUAUGUUUGGAGAGAUA